GCGCACAUUCUGUACUAUAUUUUCUGUCCGCGUGGGUAAGGAGCAUGCUUCCGUGGGUUCAACAAAACAGCACGUCGUCGCUUUCCAUCAGGAAUGAACUGACAGCUUGGCGAAUGGCUGUGAGGGUCGGUUAAGUUUCUUUACCCUGCACCUAUCCGAGGACCGACCACUAGUGACAGAAGCACAUACGAGGAAGGAGGUCGAACAUCGCCAAACUCGUGUCGAACCGCGAGUGGCUCUGCUUUUUGUUUCGCUCAAAAGAUGACUCUUCGGUUGCCACUGUAGUGUGCUGUUUCAGCAGAUGUAACUCAACCUCAGAGAGCCUUCUCGGAAACCACCAUUCGUCCUUUUUCGUCAAGCAUCAUCUACCAAGCUGUUUUUUUUUUCUUUUGCUGUUAUUGUCUCGUCAUGUCCUAGAUAUCGUUUUUAUGUGUAUUUCGACCGUGACUUUUUCGUCCUGUCCCGUCUAUUAGAGGGGGCAGGUCGGUAUACAUAAUUGCAGCUACAGUUCGGUUUCAGAAGAUACGGUUAUUGCAAGGGAGCAAGAAGAAGACGGUCUACAACAGACAUUUGCUUAUUUCCGCUUUGGUACACAGCCCCCGCGCAGGACUAUUUGCAUGCUUAGCCCAGCAAAAUUUGAGCUAGCUUUGACAACUGGAGGUAACUCCGGGAGGAAGAUUCGAUCAGAGUACCAGAACAACCCAUUGCGCGUGUAGCCACCAACAGCGAUGUUGCUGAAGGAGUACAGGAUAUGCAUGCCACUCACCGUAGAGGAGUACAGGAUCGGGCAGCUGUACAUGAUCAGCAAGCACAGCCACGAGCAGAGUGAGCGUGGGGAGGGUGUGGAGGUGGUGCAGAACGAGCCCUUCGAGGACCCCACGCACGGACAGGGCCAGUUCACCGAGAAACGUGUCUACCUCAACAGCAAGCUGCCCACUUGGGCGCGAGCAGUGGUGCCCAAGAUCUUCUAUGUGACGGAGAAGGCCUGGAACUACUACCCAUACACCAUCACAGAGUACACCUGUUCGUUUCUGCCAAAGUUCUCCAUCCACAUAGAGACGAAGUACGAGGACAACAAAGGCUCCAACGACCACAUCUUUGACACGGAGGGCAAGGACCAGGACCAGGAGAGGGAGGUGUGUUUCGUGGACAUCGCGUACGAUGAGAUCCCCGAGCGAUACUACAAGGAGUCUGAGGACCUGCGCUACUUCCGCUCGGAGAAGACGUCGCGGGGCGUGCUGCCCGAGGGCUGGCGGGACACGCAGGAGCCCAUCAUGUGCUCCUACAAACUGGUCACCGUCAAGUUCGAGGUGUGGGGCCUGCAGACGCGCGUCGAGCAGUUUGUGCACAAGGUGAUCAGAGAUGUUCUCCUCCUGGGCCACAGACAAGCCUUCGCCUGGGUGGAUGAGUGGAUUGACAUGACGAUGGAUGAGGUGAGAGAGUUUGAGCGCACUAUCCAGGCGGAAACCAACCAGAAGAUCGGGGUGUUCCCGCCGUCCAUCUCUAUCGGCGAGACGGCCCUGUCCUCCCUGACCCCCACCGGCCCCGCCAGCGCCCCCUCCACCCCUCUCUGCACCGACGCCCCCGACUUCCUCUCCAUCCCCAAGGACCGGCCCCGCAAGAAGUCCGCCCCAGAGACGCUCACCCUGCCCCAGCCCGCGUCCGCCCAGGACCCCGCCUCCACCUCUCCGUCCACCCCUGGCCCGGCCACCGCCCCCAUCUCCAACCACGCCCCCUGGAGCUCAGAGGCCACUCAGAUGGAGUGAUGUCACUCUUUUGCUGCCCCCCCCCCCCACCCUCCACC